AUGGAAAAAUCGGCGCCACCACCGACGGCCACGUCGUCAAACGAGCACGAAAAAGAGGAAGAAGAAGAAGUGGACGAGGAGCUGGCGAGCCCCAAUUUGUACGAGGAAUCAAUGGCCGAGAUCACUUUCAAUGAGACCCGCGACGGCGGACAUGUACGGCGCCGUGAAAUUUGAAUUUUUUGAAAAAUUGCAUUUCAGGACGAUGAUCCGUUCGAUCGAAGCGGCGAGUACGACGAGGACGUGAAUUUGACGGCGCCGCCGCCAAUCACACCCGACAUUCCGGACGUGCCGCCCAAAAUUCUGAAGGACCGGCCGAAGACGUCGUCGGAAAAGAAGGCGACGACGGAAGAAGAGAAACAAUAG